AAUCUUAAAAUUAAGAGUACAUAUCGAGGAGUGCUCGGAGGGAAGCGAGGAGGUGGUGGCGACGGUCAGCGGCGGCCAAGUUGCUUCUAAAGGGAGCCCAAGAUGACCGGUUCUAACGAGUUCAAACUGAACCAGCCACCCGAGGACGGCAUCUCCUCGGUGAAGUUCAGCCCCAACACCUCCCAGUACCUGCUGGUCUCCUCCUGGGACACGUCGGUGCGCCUCUACGAUGUGCCGGCCAACUCCAUGCGCCUCAAGUACCAGCACACCGGCGCCGUCCUGGACUGCGCCUUCUAUGAUCCAACACAUGCUUGGAGUGGGGGAUUAGAUCAUCAAUUGAAAAUGCAUGAUUUGAACACUGAUCAAGAAAAUCUCGUUGGAACCCAUGAUGCCCCUAUCAGAUGUGUUGAAUACUGCCCUGAAGUGAAUGUGAUGGUGACAGGGAGUUGGGACCAGACAGUUAAACUGUGGGAUCCCAGAACUCCUUGUAAUGCAGGGACCUUCUCUCAGCCUGAAAAGGUGUAUACCCUCUCAGUGUCUGGAGACCGGCUGAUUGUGGGCACUGCAGGCCGCAGAGUGCUGGUGUGGGACUUACGGAACAUGGGCUAUGUGCAACAGCGCCGGGAGUCCAGCCUCAAGUACCAGACUCGCUGCAUCCGGGCAUUUCCAAACAAGCAGGGUUAUGUAUUAAGCUCCAUUGAAGGCCGAGUGGCAGUUGAGUAUUUGGACCCAAGCCCUGAGGUACAGAAGAAGAAGUAUGCCUUCAAGUGUCACAGACUAAAGGAGAACAAUAUCGAGCAGAUUUACCCAGUCAAUGCCAUUUCCUUUCACAACAUCCACAAUACAUUUGCUACGGGUGGCUCUGAUGGAUUUGUAAACAUUUGGGAUCCAUUUAACAAAAAGCGACUGUGCCAGUUCCAUCGAUACCCCACCAGCAUUGCAUCCCUGGCCUUCAGUAAUGAUGGGACCACGCUUGCAAUAGCAUCGUCGUAUAUGUAUGAAAUGGAUGACACAGAACAUCCUGAAGAUGGUAUCUUCAUUCGCCAAGUGACAGAUGCAGAAACAAAACCCAAGUCCACCUAAUCAUCUCGUGAAAGUGGUUUCUCUAUGGCAAGCUUUGUUUUGCUUCCUACAAAUACAUACUUAUCCCCUAAGGGAUGCGUUAUAGUCAUUGUGGACACCUUAUUUAGUAUGUGGAUUUCUCUGUUUUCUGUCUGAACAAAAAACUUGUCUGUGUGCCCUUUCAUGCUGACUGUAUAGGAUGAGGAGUCUUUGUGUCCUUGUGUGGUAGUCCGAAGAAUUGUUUUUACCCCCAGAAAGCCCGGUUGCUGUUUAUGAGCAGCUAGAGCUCUUUUUGUAAAAUAAUUUAAACCUGUUAUUUCCAUGCUGUCUAAUAAAUCAGAGAUUCAGAACCCUUAAAAAAAAAAAAAA